GGUUUAAGCCAUUUGACUGUCGACUGAGAGUCAUGGAGCAUAUCCUUCACUAUCACUCAGGUUGACCUGUUAGCUUGUACGCUUUGCUUGUCAAUAUUCCACAAAGUCGGCAACAGUGUGAAAAGAAGAUGAAGCAUCAAGUGGCUGACCUCCCCAGUGGACCACUGGAUCUAUACAGACAAAAAGCUUCUUUCUCCUGGAAGGACAUGGUCCUCUUUCUGGAGGGAGAAGAGGUGGUGGCAUUCAAGCAACAUGUCUUCACGACAUUGGAGAACGAUCCUCUUUUUUCCAGAACGCCGGGUGAAGACAUCCCUGUCGACAGAAUGCGAGAACUCACCUUCCUCAGAGUGAAGCAACUCUUCCGCUACGACUUCCUGACCAAAGAAGAGAUCAUGGCAGACCCGUGGAAAACGGUGAUACUCAAUGACUGCUUGGGAAUGUUUGAUUGGUCCUUAGGGGCCAAGUUCUUCCUCAACAAAGGCAUGUUUGGAGCUACGGUUGCCAACACAGGCUCAGCGAGACAUAGCAAAUAUGUGGACAGCACUGAAGAUAUGACGACUUUUGGAUGCUUUGCACUGACCGAGUUGAGUCACGGCAGCAACACACGAGCCAUGAGGACCACUGCCACCUAUGACGUUUCCACCCAGGAGUUUGUCAUCAACUCUCCUGAUUUUGAAGCAGCAAAGUUUUGGGUGGGAAACCUCGGUAAGACCGCCACACAUGCACUGGUCUUUGCUCAACUGUACACGCCAGACGGAGCAUGCCACGGCCUGCACACCUUUGUCGUGCCGGUGAGGGAUCCUAAAACCCUGCGUGCUCUGCCUGGUGUUCUGGUUGGUGACAUGGGCAAAAAAAUAGGCCAGAAUGGACUGGAUAACGGGUUUGCUUUGUUCCACAACGUGAGGAUCCCACGAGAGAAUCUCUUGAAUAAGACGGGAGAUGUCACCCCGACUGGCAGUUACGUGACCCCUUUCAAGGACCCCAACAAGCGUUUUGGGGCGUCGCUGGGUGCCCUGUCGGGUGGCAGGGUGUCCAUCACCAGGAUGGCUCUUGUCAACCUGAAGCUGGCUCUGACUGUGGCCUUACGCUUCUCAGCCACCAGGAGGCAGUUUGGGCCCAAAGACAUGGAGGAGAUUCCAGUGCUGGAGUACCAGUUACAGCAAUGGCGCCUCAUUCCCUACCUGGCGGCGGCGUAUGCUCUUGAACAUUUCUCCAGGUCCAUCUUUAUGAACUUUGCGGAGUUUCAGAUGGGACAGAUGAUGAGAGACAAGAGUGACAGACAGGCAGAGAUGGGCCGGGAGAUCCACGCCCUGGGCUGUUCCAGCAAGCCUCUUGGCUCGUGGACUGCUCAGAAGGGCAUCCAGGAGUGCCGCGAGGCCUGCGGCGGUCACGGUUACCUAGCCAUGAACCGCUUCGGGAGUCUUCGCGACGACAAUGACCCUAACUGCACCUACGAGGGAGACAACAACGUGCUGCUGCAGCAAACCAGCAACUACUUGCUCACUUGGCUCCACGCUAAGCAUCUCAAUGGAGUUUGCAUUGAGUCUCCUCUUCACACUGUGGACUUCCUGGAUGAUUUCCACAAGAUUCUCGCUAACAAGUUCACGGCACACACAACUGACGACUGCAUGGACCCUGCAGUAUCGCUUGCUGCCUACAAGUGGCUGGUGUGUUUCCUGCUGGAGAAGAGUGACAAGAAGCUCCAGCAGCAGAGAGCUUUGGGAAAGGAGGACUUUGAAGCACGCAACAACAGUCAGGUGUACUACAGCCGCUCCCUGGCCUUGGCCUUCAUUGAACACUGCUGCCUUCAGCGCUUCCACGAGCUGAUUAUGGAUGAGAAUACGCCCAGCGGCCUCACAGGAGUUCUUACUAAGCUGUGUGCUCUUUAUGGACUGUGGAGCCUCAGCAGCCACAUGGCCACACUCUACCAGGGCAAUUUCCUGAGUGGAAGCAAGCCAGCAGAGCUGAUCCAGACGGCCAUUCUUACUCUGUGCACACAGCUGAAAGAUGACGCUGUGUCGCUGGUGGAUGUAAUGGCCCCCCCUGAUUUCAUCCUUAACUCCCCCAUUGGUAACGCUGAUGGACAGCUCUACAAGAACCUGUGGUCCACUGUGAUGCAGGGGAACCAGGUGCUGGAGCGCCCGUCCUGGUGGAAAGAGUUCUGCUCUGACAAGCCCGCCAUCGGGUCCCUGCGAGCCAAACUGUAACAGCCAGGCGAGCGCAGCUGUUUUAGAAUGCCUUUAAUUGGUUCACCCAGCUAUUUUAAAAAGAAAAAUAUAUUUUAUUCUAGCCCUCUCAAUUUAAAACAUAUUAAAAGCUGAGAGCUAAUAGAAACUUUAAGUCUCAUUUAAGUAUGGCUUGAUAUUUAAUUCAAGUGUAAAAUAGAUAAUAUACUCUGAACACGAGUUAGCUGCUCGUCAAGUGUUGCCAUGUCCAGGUGAAUAGUUCACUAAUAAAACAUUCUACACAA